AUGACGCACCGUAACCAGCAUCUGGUACGUUACAUAUGGCUAUGCCUCGAAAUUUCACAGUAUCCGCCUUGUGCAUCUUGGGGUGUCGCCGACGAGGACAAUAGGCUCGUUGCAGAGGCAAUCGAGAGCUUAUUUUCAAGCCUUAGCACUUGGCAGCCGCUUGGUGAUCUUACUCUUGAUCUCAGUGUCUAUUCACCCUCUGAUGCGCGAGAUCCGUUUUCGAGAUAUCUGACAUUUGAGCCUGAUCUGAAUCCAAAGGAUUGCCCCUACGCUCAAGACAUACAUGAAGAUUCCCCGGGAAUCCCUCCACAAAGUCGGAUUGACAAGCUCGCUCUCAUCAGACUCUUCGAUGAUGUUCUGUUGGGCGAUGGAAAUAGUCGUGAGCUUGACAAUAUCGUCUAUUGGUUCACUGGCCGGGCAGCCACGGAUCCAGACUUUCCUGGAAGACCUCACAUACUGUCAGAUUAUGAAGCAUUCAACCGGAUGUUGACCGAACUAGAGCAGUCUACGCCAGAUUAUCACGGAUUAGUGAAGUGUUGGGAGCAAAUGCCUUCGGUGCCAGCGGUGACCCGCAUGCUUCUCCUCACGUCACAGCUGCUGCGACCUGACGCCGAUCGACAUCAGCUGGAAGAAAUGCUUCGGGAAGCAGCGGUGGUAGCUCUGCGGAUGCCGCAGCUUCAGACUCUGGAAAUCUGGGAAGGGCGGAAGGGACUGGCCGCACUCUUCAAGUAUCAGUCUCGGCUUCCACGUCUUACAUGGAAGGCUACAUGGGAUUUCAGCAUACCAGACUCCGUAACUAGGGCUUGGGACGAGGUGUCGAUGAUGUCUUGUGGUCGUGAUUGCGCUGUUGUCAAGCAAGUUUUGGAUGGCAGAGCGAUCAAGUCCCAUGCGGAUUCAAUCGUGCAAUUGCAGCUUUCACAGACGAUAGUGCGGCCAGUCUCGUUGCAACAAAUCAGGCGGGAGCAGAGAUACCUUGACCCUUGA